UAUAACCAUUUGCCAAAACAACUCAAGAACCACUACAUUAUCGCCCGUCACGGCUUUUCGCUUGCCAACAAUGCCAAGCUCAUUUGUUCUAACCCAGACAUUGCCAUUCCAACCAAUGUGGGUCCAUUAGGCACGGGUUGGGGACUUCAUGAACGCGGUCGUGAGCAAGUCAAGCAG